AUGGUGCGCACAGUGGCUCUCGUGGCUCUUCUGGCCCUUGCUCUGCAGAAUCAGGGCGUACUUUCAAUAUGUCUUUGGUACAUCGAAACCGGCCUGCCAAUUCCACAGCCCCUUUACAUCGAUCCUAGUGGCCCGCUCGACAUUCAUGGAUUCUGGCUGCCCGGAAGUGAUGAUCUCGUUGUUGUCCCAACAGGCAGCCAGGUCCUUUUCGCCUGCCCUGGUGGAUUGCUGCCCGCUACCGGAACUUCAGAAGUCCUUCUCACCUGCGUCGAUGGAGACACGUUUAGUGAUGAACUUGGAAACACAUAUCUUUUCAAUCUACUUAUGUGCACCACCACUCCAACCCAAACUGCCAGGAGGGUAGCUGGGGCUUCUUGCGGGAACAACUCUAGCAACUCUGUGGUCGAAAUCGGUUUCGAAAUUUCGAAUGGAAACUUCUACUCCCUCCUUGAGAUCUGCUUCAACGAAGUUUCUUAUGACUCGCUGUACUCCAAAAAUAUCAUGCCACCAGAAAUUGACGGCCGUCAGACAACCUUGCCUGACCCUGACUUCUUCAAGGAUGAUACCUUCUACCCUCCUAACCUGGACCUUGACUAUGCCUACAGCGUCGAGGGACAAACUGCCGCUGUUGCUCAAGCCGUCGGCUCUGCUUCCCUUGCAGGAGAAUACAUAUCCGGUUUAAACGUCUUGCAAGAAGGCCGCCUGACUUCCAAACGUGACAAUAUCUACGGUUUGCACCAAUUGGUGAACGCCUGGUACCUGAACCUCGCUCCGCAGUGGGAUCCCAUCAAAGAUGGAAACUGGGACAUUUUGCAGGGAGCCACUCGCCAGUUAGCUGAGGAUUUUGCCUACGAUCUGAUCGUGUACACCGGCACCCACGGCACGACCACGCUAGCCGACGUCAACGGCAUCGAAAAGCCCAUCUACAUCGCCUACGACGAAAGCGGCAACGGUCUCAUCAGGGUUCCUGAGUUCUACUGGCGAGUAGUCUACGACCCAGUCACCCAGCGAGGCGUCGCAUUCGUCACCAUCAACAAUCCUUACAUUUCCAGCCCCGGCAGUGAUUUCUACCUCUGUCCGGACGUGUGUAGUCAAAUUCCUUGGGUCGUUUGGGAUACAAACGAUUUCACGAAGGGAUACUCUUACUGCUGCGAGGUCAAUGCACUUGCCCCGUUCGUCGAGGAGAUUCCUCCCCUCACUGUCACCGGGCUCCUUACAGGAGUAUAAUGAAUUUCUUUAUUCAUUAAAAACUGUUCAAUAAAUGAGAUUAAAUGUUAAUUU